AUGGCAGCUAGACUUUGGACCGUUUCUCAAUUUGCAAGAUCUGGGAUGAAGGCACCUAUUGAGAUGGUUGUCCUUGAUGAAGAGGGAGAUACAAUUCAAUGCACUGUAAAAGACAUAUUUGUUCCUAUCUUCGAGGACUUACUCGCUGAGGGCAACGUGUACGUGGUCACUAAUUUUGGAGUUGCUUUGAAUACCAUCAAGUUCAAGCCUACUAGACACGAAUUUAGGAUCCAUUUCAAGAAGGACACGAUUGUGCGUCUGGUACAGGAUUCUUCAGUUCCAUUGAACGGAUUCAAUUUUGUUCCGUUCAAAACAAUUCAAUCAGAGUCUAAAGAAGAUGGUUAUUUAGUUGAUGUGAUAGGUCAGCUUGCUUCUAAGGGUAACUUGGUCAAAUUCACACGGGACGGGAAGCCGUCAAGUUAUAUCACCAUAGAACUUGAUGAUCUUGAGGGUGGACAGAAAUUAAAGGUAACGUUGUGGCAGUCUUUUGCUUUUGAAUUGCUCAAAUAUCUGGAGGAACACCCGUGUCUUACCUAUGUGGUUAUUCUCCAAAUGGACAAGAUGAAAUUUUAUAGCGGGGUCAUGGGUGUAUCCAACACAAACUACAAUUCGAAACUGUUUAUCAAUGUUGAGUUUUUAGCUGUCAGAGAUUUCUUUACGAGGUACAAUGUAUAG